AUGGCCACAACUCUUCGAACUCUUCUUGUGGCGGUGGGCUUUGUCUUUUCGGCCGCCGUCGCGAGCCCCUCGAUGCCGACGGGUGAGCCCGAAGCUCACCAAGUGGGAGACUGCACUGCUUGGUAUUCACCUCAACUCAAAACUCCUCCUGAGACCUGCACCGACGUCGUCAAUAUGCACCCUGGGCUCGAUUUGGCCACCUUCCUCAAAUUGAACCCUACGAUUCACCCUUACUGCGACAACAUGCUGAUAGGCCAGAAAGUCUGCGUUGGAGCUACUCAGCAGAAUGACAGUCCAAAGCCGGCAGAACCCAGUCCAAAGUCACAGGAAACUGGUCCACAGCAGUGGGAAAGUAGUCCAAAGCAGUGGGAAACCAGUGCCACUCCGAAGCCGCAGGAAACUGGUCCCAAGCCACAGGAAACUGGUUCACAGCAGUGGGAAAGUAGUCCAAAGCAGUGGGAAACCAGUGCCGCUCCGAAGCCGCAGGAAACCAGCUCCAGCGCUUCUCAUGGGUGGCAUUGA